AUGAAGAAAGGAGCUGUCGCCAUCAUCACCGGCAUCGCCGCGUUGGCACAAGCCACAGAGGCGGCGUACGUAUGGCCCUCCCAGUACGAUGAAAUCGAAGACAUUCUCUACUUGCAGACGGGAUACCGCAGCAGGGGGUUCGUCGAAGGCGUGACCCCGUGCUCUUUCGGCGGCAACAUUGCCGGCCGCCAGUUCGCCGCAGAAUGGAUCCGCACCGCCUUCCACGACGUCGCGACCGCGGACGUGGCCGCCGGCACAGGCGGUCUGGACGGCUCCAUCUGGUUCGAGCUCGACCGCGCCGAGAAUGGUGGCUCGGCCUUCAACAACACCUUCAGCUUCUUCGCCAAUCUGUACUCCAUCCGGGCCUCAGCAGCAGACCUGCUAGCCAUGAGCGUCAUCGUCGCCAACGCGGGCUGCGGCGGCGCGUGGAUGCCGUUCCGCGCGGGCCGCGUUGAUGCCCUCGAGGCCGGCCCCGCGGGGGUGCCGGAGCCCGGCACGCCGCUCGAGACAACCCGGGCCAGGCUCGCCGAUGCCGGGUUCAGCGUGCCCGACAUGAUCUCGCUGGUGGCGUGCGGCCACACGCUCGGCGGCGUGCACAGCAGGAACAACCCGCACAUCACGGGGCUCGACCCGACGCCCGACACGGUGACCAAGUUUGACAGCACGUUUGACAGCUUCGACAACCGCAUCGCGGCCGAGUAUCUGCGCGGCAACACGACGAACCCGCUCGUCGCCGGGCGGAACGAGACGCUCAACUCGGACAGGCGCAUCUUCGCGUCGGACGGGAACAGUACGAUCCAGGAACUCGGGCGCACCAACGACGGCUUCAGGACGGUCUGCGCCGACGUCUUGACGCGCAUGAUCGACACGGUCCCUGCGGCAGUGCGGCUGACGGAGCCGAUCGAGGCCGUCGACGUCAAGCCGUACGUCGACCUGGCGUAUGGCGGGAACGGGAGCAUCGCGUUCAGCGGUUGGGUGCGUGUCCGGACGACAGCCGGCACCGGGCGCGACACGGGCGACCUGGCCGUCCACCUGACCUACAUGGACCGCAACGGCUUGGGCUCCGUCGACGUCCCCGCGGCGCUCGACGCCGGGGGCGCCACGCACGGCCUCUGGGGCGAGACGUUCGCCUGGUACCAGUUCGAGGCGGCCGUCCCCGCCGCGAGCGGCAUCGGCGGGUUCCUCAUCCACCUCACAACGCUGUCGACCGGCUCAACGGCGAUACACCGCAACGGCGGCCGCGGGCACUACCCCCUGGACGACGCGCUGCUGUACCAGGCGUCUGCGUCGUGCGUGGACCGGACGAGCGUCGCCGGCGAGCGCGCCUUCACCGUCACGGCGGCGGUCCGCGCGGACCGCGCCGCGGACCCGCUGCCGAUGGACCUCGUGCGCCUCGUGCGCCGCCAGGGCAUCGUCCACCGCCGGCUCGAGGUUGAGACCGUGGGGCUCGCACCGGUGGGCGAGGCUGGCGCGGGCAAUUACGUCCUGUUCCAGGGCCGGGGGCAGCUCGCGACGAGCGGGUGGAGCACGAGCUUCGACCUCGUCCUAGGAGGGGAGAAGGAGGUCCGCGUCGACUUUUUGAAGACGCAGAGCUGCCCGCGUGCGUGA